UACUUUUAUUUUGAAGACACUGUUCUUUAACUUCCGGUUUUGUUCCUCGGGCUAGUGAUGCUAGGUGUUUAAUGCUAGGAAGAGGAGGAUGGGGCUCUUUUAAAACAUAGAUGCUUCAUUUAAAUGUGCGGAAGCGAAAUGCACGUACCGGUGGCUGUAGACUGUACACUGCCCCGUGGUUCAUCAUUUUAAGUGCUUUUUUCCCCGAUAAAGCACCAGACGUCACAUGAUUGUAACGUUAGCUAACGUUAGUUUACAAAUGUAACGUAACGGUUCACGACGUCACACAACCGGGGCCACGCGACGAGUCAACUACAACUAAAAAGUAGUACGACGUCUCCCAGACACCAAAAGAAAUGCCAUCGAGAAAUCAUCUUGACAAAGUCGGUCGGAAGAAGAAGAAGAAAUGGGCGGAGGAGGCCAUGGAGCGUGCGCUGAUCGAGGUGAAGUCAGGGAGGUGUACUGUGAGACAGGCUGCCAAAGAGUUUGGAGUCCCUAAGUCUUCCCUGGGGGACAGAGUCAGUGGACGGGUGACACCGGGGAGUCGCAGCGGGCCAGCUCAGCUCAUAACCUCUGCAGACGAGGAUCUGCUGGUGGAGUUCUCUUUAUACGUGUCCAAGCAUGGUUUCCCACUGACGAAGCAACAGCUGGUGUCCUUCGCCUCGUCCAUUUAUAAGCGGCAGCAUCGGAGGGUGGCGUUUUCGAAACUGGGCCAGACAUGGUGGCUCAAUUUCAGAAAACGUCAAGAAAAGAACAUCACCAUUCAGCCAGCAGACAAUGCUCUCCGCGGGAGGACAACGUGUGUGAGAAAAGAAGCGGUGGAUCAGUUUGUGCAUUUACUGAGCACCGUCAUGGACGCCCGUGGGCUCAGAGACAAGCCGCAACAAAUUUUCAACUGCAGCGAAACGGGAUUUCAGCUGGGCAGGAAGAGAGUGAUUCUCCCCAAAUCUGCCAGUCUGGGCUACAAGCCAACGCAAGGCUUGAGGGACCACAUCUCCGUCCUGGCUUGCUUCAGCGCAGCUGGAGAGGAAAUCCCCCCAUUUAUUAUCUACUCCAAGGCAUACCCAGGGGGAGUGUGUUACAAGACUCAAGGGCCUCCAAAUGCCCUGUACGGUUGGUCAGACUUGGGGUAUAUCAACUCUGACCUUUUCAAGAAAUGGUUCCUCAAGCACUUCCUCGUGCACGCGCCAAAAGAGCGUCCGCUGCUGCUGAUUUUCGAUGGUCACAAGUCUCCCAUAAACCUUGAGGUGGUGGAAACGGCCCGUAACGAGGACGUGGUCCUCCUGUGCCUCCCUCCGAACUGCUCUCACAUCCUGCAGCCGCUCGACGCGGGUCUCUUUGUCCUCCUGAAGCAGCGCUUCGCCGCACUCAUAGGUGACGGUUCUGCCUCCGGUACUCACUUUGCAGUCAGCAAGAAGGAGUUCUCGGGCGUGUUUAAAGGGACUUAUCAGGUGGCGAAAGAGGAGGAGGGCGUAAGGAUCGUGAAGGAGGGUUAUAGGAAAUGUGGCAUCUUCCCGCUGAGCCACUUUGCCAUCAAUGAGGGUAAUUUGAUGCCAUUGAACGGCGCGUGCCCAGCUGCUGGACCCUCCCUGUACACAGCAGCAGGGGGAGUGCACGCUGAAGGAGACCUCACAGCAGCUGGACCCUCGUCGUGAGUGGCCAUCAGUAGAUCUACUAGCUUUGCAAUAUUUUCUUAUUCAAGCUAACUAAUAUUUAUCAGCAUGAAUCACAGACAAUAAACUGUGCUUGAUUGCUGUUUUAGUGGAGUAAGCGGUGUAGUAGUCUGCUAGGUAAUCUAAGUGUAUUCAGCUAACAUAUUAAAGCAUGACAACAGAUUCACCUCAUGGUUCUUAACACGUUACAAGGAGAUUUAAGUCUAAGCCACACUGUCAAAUAUUAUCUUGUUUCAGUUCUGUUGUGAAAACUUAUAGAGAAUAUAUAUCCGAUUACCUUUUUUGCAAUGUUGUUUUUGGUUCAGUAUCCAUGCAGAAUAUUUGAAAAAAGAUGAACAUAUUAAACUUGUUCUAAAGCUACUUCCUUUUUCUGAUGUUCAUGCCUACUGCAAAACAAACACAUAACUAAUUGGUCAAAUGUUUUUUGAAACUGAUGGGAGGGAAACGCUUCUUUGAAAAGGCUAACUCAGUUCAUUUGAGUCAUAUUAUUCUUUGAGUAUUCUUAAUGUACUUGCCCAUGCCCAUUAAGUAGUUCUAAAAGUAAUUUACUUUCUGAGUAAUAAUAAAUGUGCUGACUGUAAACAGUAUUUAACCAUUGCAGAACAGAUCUUGAUCUGUUUAAACAAAGUAAAAGAAUAUGACUUAUCAUUGAAUGCCACGUUACCCGAAAGCAUCUUAACUUUUUUAUGCUCCGCAAAACGUAGAGAAUAGUAUUCAACACACGUGAUCACUAAAUAUUGAUGGCUAGUAAAGUAUUUGUAAAGCUAAAAAAAGUGGUUUAUCUCCUUGGAAUGUCUAUUGGCCGAAAUAACGCUUUUGGUGUUGAAGGGAAACCAUGCGCGUAAAGAAUCUGUUUGUGGAAAUAUUUAAGUAUACUUAAUAAGUAUUCCCAUCAAUGUAUAUAUUCACAUCAAUGCUUCAUCAACUACCUGAAGCUCUACACUCUCUGGAUGUAGCGGAGAUCGUGGGGAUCAGUUCAUGUUUAUGUUGGUAAAUAUCACUGAUUGUGGUUUGUCGCUGAAGCCUUUUAUUAUUUCACACAACAAAGUCAAAGGAGAAAUCACAUCCACUGAUGAUGGGGAAUCACUGCUGUGGUUCACCGGUUUGAAGCAACUGCUUCUGUCAAACUGGCGACAUCUUUGGGCCAAACUAUGCUAUUGCGUUAGUAUGCACAGCUCUGCUGUGUUGACAGCUCUCUGAUAAGAAUCAAACAGCUAUUUCUACUUGGCAACGUGUCGUUGCGAUAAAGAUCUUUUGUCAGGUGCGUUGCUUUGUCCUCCUGAGAGAUCUAGAUCUCUUUUCCAUCGAAACUUUGAUCUCCUAUUUCAUUCUUGCCUUGGUUUGACCUAUUUUUUUCAUCCAGUUCCUGUUGAAGUUUCUGGGGAAAAGCGUUGAUACGCCCCUCUCUCUGAUACUCACUCAAACUUCUUUGCUAAGGACUGGACGGAUGUAUGCCGCGGGACUGAGGACAUCUCCACAUCAUGGCCUUUCCUGCAAGACAGAGGAAGCUGCUGAGAAUCUUCCAGUAUCCAUAUUUUUACGCACUUUGUUGUUUUGCUGGAAAGCAUCAGAUUUGGAUCUGUAACUUUCUCUUUAUAUUUUAUUUACUUUAAAUUAUAACUUUGAUUUUUGGAUGUUGCAUCUUAGCGUCUGAGACUACCUUGCUCCUUCUUUCUCCUUGUUUGACUUCUGACUCUGGAUCCAACAGCCAUCCUUUUUCAGUAAAGUCCGCACCCUGGUAGUUUUAAACACUUUGUUUCUGUUAACCUCUACAACACACACACACACACACACACAAAAAAAAAGACACCCACAUUUUGUGUAUGAGUACCAGGAAUAAUAGCGCUGUUAGUCUGAUUUAUGUGGGUCUUACCCUCCGACAUGAUGCUGGUGUUUCUUCAGAUGUUCAACCUGAUCAAAGUAUUUGAAAAUACGAUUUUUCCAUUUUAUUGCCGGUUUGUUUUUAAGUUUCCUUACAAAUAAAACAGUAACAACAGUGUAUAAAACUG